AUGGAUCCUCUCCCCACUUUACCCAAUACCGACAUCUUCAUCGUCCCAGAGAUGCUUUUGGGCUCCGCUGCGCAAGAAGCCCUGGAUCAAGAUGAAGAUCAGGCUGACGAUAUCGAUGCCAGAGCGCGCGAGGCGCGUCAAGAGGUCCUUCGUAUCCUUCACGAAAGGCGCACGCCCUUUGCGCAGCUCGAACCGGAGAGGGUCGUCAGCGGCGAGGGACCGACGUUCGAACGUCCGCUUCUGCACUUCGGCGUCGCGCUGUCUAUGCGAGACGUGCGGGACUAUGCCCACGCCUUCGGGUGCGCACCGAAGCCCGAUCCGGACACGCCGCCCGAGUACGUGGUGUCGAGCGAGGAGUACAUGGAGUUGGACUCCGUGCAGAUGGAAACGAGGGAUCGGCUUUUGCAGCAUCUGCAAGAGACGUGCGGCGUCCCGGCCUUGAAAGUCGUGGAGUGCCUGAACACGCACGACAAGAUCUGGGUUCUCACGUCGUAUUCGAAUCUGAACUACGACGCCGGUCGCGCUAUCAAAGAGGUCACCGCGUUCCGGAACAUUAUCAAGAAGCUGGACGCAAUCGGCGCGUGGUACUGGGACUACGACUUGUGCGGCAUUGGAUACUCUUCUCCGUGGGACGCCUACAACGUCUGGCCUGCACAUGAGAUCGCUGGCGGCUGGCCGCGGAGCUUCUGGGUCCUCGAGAAGAAGAACCCAGAUCACACAGAGUCUAAGCGCCGGCGUCUGCUUGCGCUUUACGACCACUCCGAAGACAAGUUGGCCGAGAUUGCCGACGAUAGUGUACAAGUUUAG